AUGAGCGCCCUCUGCGGCGUCUGCAGCCAAGAGCCCCCAAAGUACAAAUGCCCCUCCUGCGAGCUCCAAUACUGCUCCUUCACCUGCUAUAAGUCCCACAAGACAACGCACGAAGCCGACCAACCCAGGACCUCGCCAUCUCCCUCGACUGCUCCAUCCUUACCCGGUAUAUCAGCGCCCGACCCCACAGCCAGCAACCCACCCACCAACGCUCCUCUCCCCACCGCUCCCCUCCCAAUCACCGCCCUCCCCACCGACCCCACCUUCCAACGCCUCCUGACCCAGCGCCCGACUCUCCGGUCUCAGCUCCGCAAAAUCUACACCGCAACCCUCGAGCCUCCGCCGCGCGACAACUCCGCACCAACGCGGUACGGCAGGGGCGGACAGCGCGGGUUUCGGGGCCGGUACAGAAACAGGCCUGUAAGGCCAUGGACGCAGGAGACGGGGGAUAGGUACGCGUUGAGGCUGCUGAGCGAGGCCAUGGCGGAGGAGAGGGAGGGGGAGGGGGUGAGGGAGUUUGUGGCCUGCGUGGGGAGGGUCUGGGGGGGAAGGGUAGAGGAGGAACAGGGUUGGAAAGGACGGGUGCGGGUGUGA